AUGGUCAUUCAAAAUUUGAAGAAGAAGUUGGAAGAUGCUAAAGAGCCAUGGCCAUUAAAGUUACCGGAGGUGUUAUCGGCUUACAGGACCAUGGCGAAAUCCAGCACCGAUGAAACGCCUUUCUCGCUGGUGUAUGGAGCAGAGGCAUCGAUUCCGGUGGAGGUCGGGUCCCCUAUCCCACGGUACGACUGCGCACAAGAACAGGCAAAUUCUGAAGCAAUGUUGGUUCAGCUGGAUUUAUUGGAGGAACAUAGAGACCUCGCGUUUCAAAAAACAAGAACUGUUGGAGUUAAAAGUCCUAGGAGGCUGAAAACGGAAGCUGAGAAGACCCAGAGACACCCGAAAAUAUUGCGGAAGGGUCGGGAUUCACCUUUGAGGGGAGAGUUUGGCUUGUAG